AUGUUCGCCGUUCCAGGUUGGGCAGUCUCGCCGGCCUCCCUAGUACAGGAAUCACGGUCAUCGGAUACCGGCAAGCGGUCUUCGUCGAAGUCCGCCUCAGAUGGAACGAAGAGGAGAAAAAUCACACAUACAAAUGACGAAGACGCUUCCAAGAUCACGGGAAGCGAGCUCGAGAAGUUAUGGAAUCAACACAAUGGCUCUAAGGCGUCCGACGGCAGCGGCCAAAAGCGCGGACGGCCCAACAAUGAGUCCUUGAAACCCAAACAGAAAGAGCCUGGCGCAGGCCGGGGUAGUGGCGAGGGCGAGCACGAGAAACCAGACGCUGCGGUCAAGACCAAAAAAGAGAAAAAGCAGCAUAACGAAAAGUCGGAGAGGAAAGAACAGGCCAAGCAGUCCUACCACGCUCAAAACAAUGACACGCAGAAGCCGAGCAAGGCCGACCGCAACGGCGGAAAUGAUGGCAAAACGCCAACAUCUCCGGCUGCCUCGUCCAAGGCCAUCAUCGAAGCCCUCCCUCCCGUACCGACGCCGGCGAAGUUGACACCACUGCAAGCGAAAAUGCGCAGCAAACUGACCUCUGCGCGAUUCCGUCAUCUUAACGAGACAUUGUACACGACCUCCUCUUCCGCGGCGAUGGACCUGUUCACCAGCUCACCGGACCUCUUCGCCGAAUAUCACGCCGGCUUCUCCCAGCAAGUGAAAGAUUCAUGGCCACAAAAUCCAGUCAACCAGUACAUCUCCACGAUAAAAAGCCGAGGACAACUUGACCUGCAACCCAACACCGCAAAGCCAGGACUGACACCACUGCCACGCCGUAAGACGGGGAUCUGCACCAUUGCCGACCUAGGAUGCGGAGACGCACCACUCGCACGAGGCUGCCAAUCGCAGAUCAAGAAUCUGAAGCUCAAAUUCCACAAUUUCGACCUGCACGCGCCCAACACUCACGUCACGAAGGCCGACAUUGCGAACCUGCCGCUGCGCGACGGCGAAGUCGAUGUGGCCGUCUUCUGCUUGAGCCUGAUGGGCACCAACUGGCUGGCCUUCGUCGAGGAAGCAUGGCGCAUCCUCCGCGGAGACGGGAAAGGCGAAGUGUGGGUCUCCGAAGUCAAGUCUCGCUUUGGACGGCCCAAAAAGGGCCCGGGCCAUGUCGUGGAGAACAGUGUCGGCAAGAGACGCAAGAAGCCUAAACAAAAUGGGAAGCCCGACGACGCGGACGAUGAUCGCUUGGUGGGAGAGGAGGUCUUUGUGGAGGACUCCGAGUCGGCCGCUACAGAUGAGACAGACAUCAGCGCCUUCGUCAAGGUGUUCUCGCGCCGUGGCUUUGUCCUGCGUGAAGAGUCGGUCGACAAAAGCAACAAAAUGUUUGUGAGUAUGGUGUUUGUCAAGGCUGGCGUGCCGAGUGCUGGCAAGUAUAAAUGGCUGAAGUGGAAUGGGCGAGACUAUGUCAAAGUCCACGAUGGCAAGAUGAGAUUCAUCAGUGGCCAAGGCGGAAAGAAGGCUGUGGACAAUGACGACGAUGUGUCGCCUGAAGAGGAGGCCAAAGUCUUGAAGCCUUGCGUGUAUAAGACUAGAUAA